AUGAGCUUAAGGCAUCCCGAUUUUUCAAAAGUUCCUGGAACUAAAGAAAUAGUGAAAAGAGCAAUUAGUAGCAAAGCAAAUGUUGGAUAUACUUCAAAGAAAUUAUGGAGAGAGUUAAAUCUUCCUACUUCGCCUUUGGAUUUAUCACGACCAAAUAUAUUUUCACUACCCGAGAAAUUACUUAAGCAUUCAGCAAAGUUAAAGCCAUUGAAAGGUCCUCAUGAGAGAAGAACUAAAAAAGCAACCAAAAAGGUAAAAUCAUAUACAAUUGUUCGUAAAGAGCGUGAGGAAUUUCGGAAGAAAUUAGUCAACCUCAUCAUCAGUUCAGAGGAAGAAAUUGCUCGAGACGAUGGAUCAUUUCCUGAUGCUAAGGAAAAAGAAAUCAUGAGAUAUUACUACUACAUAAAACACGGGAUUGAUACUGUUCAUGUUGCACCAUUGGACAAAAAAGUUUUGACUCGAGUCCUUAAAUUAAUUCCCAAAAAACUGACAAAAUGGAAUGAUGUUUUGGAGUCGAUUACUGCAGAAAUGAAAGAGGAUUAUAUUACAGCUGUAAAAAAAGCAGUUAUUGAUUUUGUACUUGGUGAUGCCUUAAGUAAAAACAUCAAUAAACAAGAGGAAUCAAAAUAUCGUGGAGAAUUAAAGGAAAUGUCAAUGAAAUGGCGUCAUCGGUUUGACGAGAAUCGAAUGAAAAUCAAACGCACUUUAUUUGCUAUAAACCCUUGUUUGUCACAAAUACUAGAAAUUUGGUAUACGUCAUUCAAAAAUACAUGCUACGUUGACAUGAAGAAAAUCAUUAACAAAGGUCAAGCUUAUGAUUUGUCAGAAUUUACAAUGAUUAUUAAUCGACAGAUUGAGGAUGCAAAAACGAUGCUACAGGAGAGAUGGUUUGGUGAAAUUCAAGCAAUUAUUAGUCGUGGCUCCAAAAAGAAGCUAGUACCAGAAACAACCAAACCAAGAUUAUUAAAGAGAUUCUAUAAUUCCGUCGCAGCACUUAUGACACAACAACUUCAAGACAUGUGCAUCAGAAGUUUACGAGAAUAUACAGACUAUGUUUGUGAUGUUGGAAAAACAAAUCAAGGAUUCAAAUUGACAGUUUUGCUUGAAGAUGAAGAGACACUUGCAUUUGCUCCUCAGUUUGCAAAAUUUCGUAUUGAGCUAUUGAGAAUGAUUGAUCUUAUUGUAAAAGCUGGUAAUUCUUUACCAAGAAUUGAGGCUAAAGUUUAUGUCGACUCUCAGGCAACUGGUGAAUUCUUAAGACCAGCUAUUCCAAAUGAUAUAAUUGAGAAUUGUCGUGCAAGAAUUUAUUUUUUACUAGAAGAACAAAGAAUUGGUCCGGAACUACGUAUGCAAGAUUUUGAUGACUAUAUGGAUCUUAUGAAUGGUAAAAAUAUUGAUGAAAUUGAAAAAUUCAUCAACAGCAAACCAAAGUUUGAAGAAUAUUGCGAACUUAUAGAGCAAUACAAAGAUAUUGAGCAUGAAAUUGCACGAAAAGUAUUUGGUGUAGUUACUAUGGGAUUUUAUGAAUUUCAUCGCGAAGGAUUAAUUGACACUCUAGAAAGUCUCGCACGUUUCAUGCAGCAAGAACUAAUUACAAAAGUCACUGCAGAUCAGCAAAAUGCAAUGUCGAAAAUGACAGCUGAAUAUGAAGAUAUUUCUUCAAAGUUAUUAGCCAUUCCUAAAGAUACAAAAGCAUUGAUGGAACUUAAGAAAUACGCAAUACAUACAGAAGAAUCGACAAUACCAGGAAUGGAAAGCCGUUUAAGAGUGAAUCUCCAGCAACUGUUGUAUUUAACUGAUUAUACAAUAUUGACGCCAUUAGAAAUUAAAGUUAACACAAAUACAUUCCAAUGGUAUUUGAAGAUGCCAACAGUUUUUGAAGAUCACAAGAAAAUAAUAGCAGAGAAGGUCAUUGAGUAUCAGGAAAUGCUGCGAAAGAGAAUUGAAUAUUUCAAACGUGAUCUUGAUUUGUUCUGGGAACAAGUUCAGGAAUAUGUCAAGUGGGGUGAUUUGAAAAAGUUAUCAAAAUAUAAGAAAAAAGCAACAAUACUAGAUAAAAAACUUCAACUCGCAAUGGUGAAAAUAGAUGAAAUCAAUGAAGAGGAAGCAGCAUAUUCUUGGGAAAUGUCUCAGUAUCCUUUGCGUAAACAAUGUGCUGACAAGCUUUUACCAUACAAGAAGCUAUUCGAUGCUGGACAAGAAUUCAUGGAUAAGCAUGACUUAUGGAUGCAUACUCAAGUUGGUACUUAUGAGCCAGAGCAUAUUGAAGAAUUGAUUGGAAAUCUUUAUCGAGCUGUUUUCAAACUAGAGAAACAAUUUGCUGAUUCAAGAAACACUCAACAGCUGGCGUUGGGAAUUAAAAACUCGAUUGAUGAGUUCAAAACGCAUAUGCCGUUAAUAAACACACUCGGAAAUCCAGGAAUGAAAGAUCGCCAUUGGGAACAAGUGUCUGAAAUUAUUGGAUUCCCUAUUAAGAAAUCACCUGACAUGACGCUUGAGAAAUUAAUUGAUUAUGGACUUGCUGAGUAUGUUAGUAAAUUUGAGUCGAUUUCUGAAAGUGCAACAAAAGAAAAUAAUCUUGAGAAAGGAAUGGCUAAAAUGAUAAAUGAGUGGGGUGACAUGAAUUUUGUUGUAAAUUCUUAUCGCGAUACUGGAACAUUUAUACUCGCAUCUAUUGACGACAUCCAGGUUCUUCUUGAUGAUCAUAUUAUUAAAACUCAAACUAUGAAAGGAUCUCCUUAUAUUAAGCCAUUUGAAAAGGAAAUUCAUGCAUGGGAGAAGAAACUAAUGCUUUUACAAGAAAUUCUUGAUGACUGGCUAAAAGUACAGGCUACAUGGAUGUAUCUUGAGCCAAUUUUUGGCAGUCCUGACAUUCAAUCUCAAAUGCCAGAAGAAGGAAGAAGAUUUAGUGCUGUUGACAAAAUUUGGAAGGAUCUGAUGAGAGCUGUAGCUUCAGACACACAAGUUUUGGCAGUUAUUGAAAUUGACAAAAUGUCUGAGAAACUGAAGAAAUGUUAUGGCUUGCUUGAACAAAUUCAAAAAGGAUUAAAUGAGUAUUUAGAGAAAAAAAGAACUUUUUUUCCUCGUUUCUUUUUCCUGUCAAAUGAUGAACUUCUUGAAAUAUUAUCUGAAACUAAGGAUCCAACAAGAGUUCAACCACAUCUCAAAAAAUGCUUUGAAGGAAUUUCAACUCUUACAUUUACUGAAUCAUUAGAUGUUACCGUUAUGAAAUCGAGCGAAGGAGAAGAAGUCACACUUGAUGAUGUCAUUUCAACAGGCAAGGCUCGUGGACAAGUGGAACUAUGGCUUUCAGAACUUGAGAAAUCUAUGAAGAAAUCAAUUCGAAAUCAAAUAAUGCUUGCAUUAGAAUCAUAUAAGGAUUCUGUUCGACAUCAAUGGGUACUUGACUGGCCAGGCCAAUGUAUUCAAUCAAUCUCAACGACUUAUUGGACUAUUGAAAUAACAGAAUGCUUUAUGCAACUAGAUCCAGUUGAUGCAUUAAAAGAGUAUUCUGAAAAAUGUUCUGAUCAGAUUAAUCACAUUGUGGAUCUCGUUCGUGGAAAACUGUCCCUUCAAAAUCGAAUAACACUUGGAGCUUUGGUAGUGCUUGAUGUUCAUGGACGUGAUGUACUAACAGACUUGAUUGAAAAUCAAACCAUAAAAGACAAUGAUUUCAAUUGGUUGAGUCAACUCCGAUAUUAUGUUGAGAACGACCAGCUUGUAACACGAAUGAUAAAUUCAGCAUUAGCUUAUGGAUAUGAAUAUUUAGGAAACACUACAAGACUUGUUAUUACUCCUUUAACAGAUCGUUGUUUUAGGACGCUUUUUGGUGCUUUACAUCUGCAUCUUGGUGGUGCUCCCGAAGGUCCAGCUGGAACUGGUAAAACUGAAACUACAAAGGAUCUUGCAAAAGCUGUCGCAAAACAAUGUGUUGUAUUCAACUGUAGCGAUGGUCUUGAUUACAUUGCAUUGGGUAAAUUCUUCAAAGGACUUGCAUCUUGCGGUGCUUGGUCAUGCUUUGAUGAAUUUAAUCGAAUUGAUUUAGAAGUAUUAUCUGUUGUCGCCCAACAAAUUCUUACAAUCCAACGAGGAAUCAAUUCAGGAGCAUCAAAAAUAAUUUUUGAAGAAACUGAAAUUCUAUUAGAUCCAACUUGUGCUGUAUUCAUUACCAUGAAUCCUGGCUAUGCAGGCAGAAGUGAAUUACCCGAUAACUUGAAAUCACUGUUCAGAUCAGUGGCUAUGAUGGUUCCUGAUUAUGCUUUAAUUGCAGAAAUUGAACUCUAUUCUUAUGGAUUUUUGCAAGCUAAACCAUUAGCAAUUAAAAUUGUUGCUACUUAUCGACUAUGUAGUGAACAACUUUCAUCACAAUCACAUUAUGACUAUGGAAUGAGAGCAGUAAAGUCUGUGUUGAAAGCCGCUGGAGCAUUGAAAUUACGAUAUCCUGACGAAUCAGAAAAUAUUCUCAUCUUACGUUCAAUCAAAGAUGUAAACUUGGCAAAGUUUUUGAGUCAUGAUGUGCCAUUAUUCCAAGGAAUAAUUUCCGAUUUGUUUCCUGGGAUUUUGUUGCCCGAAUCUGACUAUGAUGUUUUUAAUAGAGCUGUACAAAAAGCUUGCAACGAAAAUAAUAUUCAAUGUACUGAUCCAUUUUUGGAGAAGAUUCAACAAAUCUAUGAAAUGAUUCUCGUUCGUCAUGGUCUCAUGAUUGUUGGAUAUCCGUUCGGGGGCAAGACAACAGCAUAUCGUAUGCUUGCCAGAGCUUUAGAAAUUAUUGAAGAAGGUGGUGAAAUGGAUGAACAUAAAGCAAUUUACACAGUUAUAAAUCCAAAAUCAAUCACGAUGGGUCAACUUUAUGGACAGUUUGAUCCAAUAUCACAUGAAUGGAGUGAUGGAAUUUUAGCUGUUAGCUACAGACAUUUUGCGAUGAGUACAACUCCCGAGCGAAAAUGGUUGAUCUUUGAUGGACCUGUUGAUGCUAUUUGGAUAGAAAACAUGAAUACUGUUCUUGAUGACAAUAAAAAAUUGUGCUUAAUGUCAGGAGAAAUUAUUCAGCUUUCCUCAACAACAAAUUUAAUUUUUGAGCCAAUGGACUUGGAAGCUGCUAGUCCAGCAACUGUUUCACGAUGCGGCAUGAUUUAUAUGGAACCGUCAUCUCUGGGCUGGAAGCCUUUGCUUGAUUCAUGGAUGAAUGAAAUGCCAUCCGCUAUCAAUUCUUCAAAUAAAUCAACAAUCAUGCAAAUGUUUAUGAGAUUUUGUCCACUUUUGCUUUGGUUUAUUCGCAAAGGAGGCUUUAAGGAAAUGAUGCCAACUUCUGACUCAAACCUAAUUCGUUCUGUAAUGAAUAUUUUUGAUUGUUUCAUGGAUGAGUGGAAAAUUGUAGUGCCACCACCAACAGAGAAGGAAAAUCAAAAUAAUAGUAAAGAUAAGGAGAAGGAGAAAGAAAAAGAUGCUUCGUUACGUGAAGUUGAAAUUAGAGCACAGAUUGAAGGAAUCUUCUUUUUCUCAGCUAUUUGGGCACUUGGUGGCUCGCUAUUUCAAGAAAGUCGUGACAAGUUUUCAGAAGUUUUUCGUGCUUUGUUAGAGAAAAAUUUUCCAGAUGAAUUAAAUGAAAAAUACAAGAUACCCGAACAUGUUAGAGUUCCACCACUUCAGAAACCUUUCAUUUUCCCUAUACCAAAACUAGGCUCAAUUUUUGAUUAUAGAUUCAUUAAAGAAGGUAAAGGAAAAUGGCGUCCUUGGUCAGAAGAUGUGCAACAAAUGGAAGCUAUUCCUCGUGACAAACCAGUAAAUCAAAUCAUAGUUCCUACAAUUGAAACAAUACGAACAUACACUUUACUUGAUUUGCUUGUAAAACAUUCGAAGCAUUUCAUGAUAGUUGGUCCAACAGGAACCGGUAAAUCUGUUUACGUAAAUGACUUUCUACUAAAGAAAAAUGACACAGAAGUCUUUAAACCAUUGCUGAUGAAUUUUUCUGCUCAAACGACUGCUAAUCAAACACAGGAUAUAAUCAUGUCAAAAUUAGACAAGCGUCGAAAAGGAAUUUUCGGUCCACCAUUAGGACAAAAAUGUGUAAUUUUUGUUGAUGAUGUUUCUAUGCCUAUGAAGGAGGCUUAUGGAGCACAGCCGCCAAUUGAACUGUUAAGGAUGUGGAUGGAUCAUGGGAUUUGGUAUGAUCGCAAGGAAAAUAUUCCGAUGAAACUUUUCGAUAUUCAUUUCGUUUGUGCUUUGGGACCGCCAAGCUCAGGAAAUACAGUAACUCCAAGAUUUUCACGUCAUUUUAAUACACUUGUCAUAAAUGAGUUUGAAGAACAGACAUUAAUUGCCAUAUUUAGUAAAAUUGUUCUAUGGCAUUUGGAUACAAGAGGAUUUUCUAAAGAAUUUGAUCCAUGUAUCGUGGAAAUUGUAAAUUCAACACUAGCCAUUUACCAAGAAGCAAGAAUUUUUUUACUUCCGACACCUACAAAAUGUCAUUAUCUUUUUAAUUUACGUGACUUUUCACGCGUUGUACAAGGUGUGCUUUUGUCUGUACCCGAAGGAACUGAAACAAUUGAUACAAUGAGACGAUUAUGGACGCACGAAAUCCUUAGAGUUUAUGGUGAUCGACUUGUAGAUGAAACAGAUAGGCUGUGGCUUUUUGAUAUGACUUAUAAAACAAUACAAGAUAAAAUGGGUGUUGAUCCAGAAGAACUCUUUGUGCGUGUUCGAGAACCGAAAAAACCAUUGACAGAAAAUGAUUUAAGGAAGCUCUUAUUCUGUGACUUUACGAAUCCAAAAGCUGAUAACAAACUUUACUUAGAGGUUGAGGAAUUAGAAUCACUUCGCUAUACAGUUGAAGCUUAUUUAGUGGAGUUUAAUAACAUGAGUAAGAAGCCAAUGAACCUUGUGUUGUUCAGAUUUGCAAUUGAGCAUUUAUCAAGAAUUUGCCGCAUCAUAAAACCGCCAAGAAGUCACGCACUACUUAUUGGAGUUGGUGGUUCAGGAAGACAGUCAUUAACACGUUUAGCUGCUCAUAUAAAUGAUUAUGAAACGUUUCAAGUUGAAAUUUCUCGUCAAUAUGGCAUGAAUGAAUGGCAUGAGGAUGUAAAAAAUAUUGUAAGAAAAGUAAGUGCUUCUGAGACGCAAGGAGCUUUUCUUUUCACAGAUGUACAGAUAAAAGAAGAAUCAUUUUUGGAAGAUGUAAGCAACUUAUUAAAUACUGGCGAAAUUCCAAAUUUAUUCAGUAUGGAAGAAAGGAAUGAAAUUUUGGAGAAAAUGAGGCAAAUUGAUCGAGCAAAAGAUAAAAGUUUGCAGACAGACGGAAGUCCUGUAGCUAUGUUUAAUAUGUUCGUGAAUCUUGUUCGUGAACAACUACACGUUGUUCUCUCAAUGUCACCUAUUGGAAGUGCUUUUAGAAACCGUGUACGUAAAUUCCCAGCCAUAGUUAACUGUUGCACAAUUGAUUGGUUUCAACCAUGGCCAGAUGAUGCAUUGCUUGCUGUUGCCUCAAGAUUUCUUGGAAAUAUUGAAUUAUCUGAUAUUGAGCGACCGAUUUGUAUUGAUAUGUGUAUGGAGUUCCAUACAGCCACAGAAAAGUUGUCUGAUGAAUUUUUAAAGCGUUUAAAUCGUCAUAAUUAUGUUACACCAACAUCAUACUUAGAACUUAUUCAUACAUUUAAGGAUUUGCUUCAAAAGAAAAGGAAUGAAACUAAAACUUUAAGAACAAGAUACCUAACUGGAAUUGAACAACUUGAAACUGCAUCAAAACAAGUUGACAUACUAAAGGCAAAUUUAGAAGAAUUGCAACCUUCUUUAAAGCUUGCUGCUGAAACUGUCACAAAACAGUUAGCUCAGGUACAAAAAGAUCAGGAAAUCGCCAAUACAAAGCGCGAACAAGUCAUGGUGGAUGAAGGAGCUGCAAUAGAUCAAGCAACAAUCGCCAACGCAAUAAAAGAAGAAUGUGAUGCGAAGUUAUCAGAAGCUAUCCCAAAAUUGGAAGAAGCUAAUGCAGCAUUACAAACUCUUACACCUCAAGAUGUCACAAUUGUUAAAACAAUGAAAAGUCCUCCAAUUACGGUAAAAAUUGUAAUGGAAGGAAUAUGCAUCAUGAAAGAUGUAAAACCUGAAAAGGUUCCAAAUCCAAACGGAGUUGGUUUGGUGGAAGAUUAUUGGCCAUCAUCUAAAAAGGUUUUAACGGAUAUGAAGUUUCUUGAUAGCCUUUUGCACUUUGAUAAAGACAACAUUCCAUCAAGAGUAAUUCAGAAAGUUCAAGAACGUGUUUUGUCCAAUGAAAAUUUCGAUCCGGAAAAAGUUAAAUUGGCAUCAGCAGCCUGCGAGGGUCUAUGCAAAUGGAUAAGCGCAAUUGUAGAAUAUGAUAAAGUGAUAAAAGUUGUAGCACCAAAACGAGCAGCUUUAGAAGAAGCGCAAGCUAAUUAUAAUAGUGCAAUGUCCACACUUACUGCUAAGAAACAACAACUUGCUGGAUUGGAGGCAAAUUUAGCCGAGUUAAAGCGACAAUUAGAUGAACAAAUUGCAAUCCAAAAUGAAAAACAAACAAAAGUUGAAGCCUGCACCAAACAACUUGAGCGUGCAACAGAAUUAAUUUCAGGACUUGGGGGAGAAGGAACUCGAUGGAGUGAAGCAGCAACUCACCUUGGAAAAGUCUAUGACACAUUGACUGGAGAUGUCUUAAUUGCAUCAGGUGUUGUUGCAUACCUCGGACCAUUUACAAGCAGCUUUCGUUCAAAACAAAUUCAGGAAUGGAGAGAUAAAUGUGAAUCAAUGGGAAUUAUGUGUGCAACAAAUUUUCAAUUACAAAAUGUUCUUGGUGAUCCUGUGUUGAUUCGUUCGUGGAAUAUUUUUGGUCUGCCAAGUGAUUCCUUUUCAAUUGAAAGCGCAAUCAUCAUUAAUAAUGCAAGACGCUGGCCAUUAUGUAUUGAUCCGCAAGGGCAAGCAAACAAGUGGAUUAAAAAUAUGGAGAAAGCAAAUCGACUUGGUAUAAUACGUUUAUCACAGCCUGAUUACACUCGUGUAUUAGAGAACUCAAUUCAAUUUGGUUUACCAGUUUUGUUAGAAAAUAUUGGCGAGGAAAUUGAGCCAUUACUUGAGCCUGUAUUAUUGCGACAAACAUUCAAGCAAGGUGGCACAAUGUGUAUUAAGUUGGGUGAAUCCGUAAUUGAAUAUAAUGACAGUUUUCGAUUUUACAUUACAACUAAAAUGAGGAAUCCACAUUAUUUGCCUGAAAUUGCUGUUAAAGUGACUUUAUUGAAUUUCAUGAUUACACCGAUAGGUCUUCAAGAUCAAUUACUUGGAAUAACUGUCGCUCGCGAAAGACCUGACCUUGAAACAGAAAAAAAUCAAUUGAUAAUUCAAAGUGCAGAAAAUAAGAAGCAAUUAAAGGAAAUAGAAGAUAAAAUUUUGGAAGUGUUGUCAUCUGAGGGAAAUAUUCUAGAAGAUGAGAGUGCUGUUCAAGUUUUAAGUUCUUCUAAAAUUUUAUCAAAUGAAAUUAAUGAGAAGCAGUCAGUUGCUGAAGUGACAGAAAAGCAAAUCGAUACUGCACGACUUGGCUAUACGCCAAUUGCAAAACAUUCAACGAUUCUCUUCUUCUCGAUUGUUGAGCUAGCAAACAUUGAUCCUAUGUAUCAGUAUAGUCUAGCAUGGUUUGUUAAUUUAUUUACAAAUGCAAUAGAUAACACGGAAAAAGUUGAUGACUUAGAGCAAAGGCUUACAGAGUUAACAAGCUAUUUUACAUACAGCCUUUAUGUUAACAUUUGUCGAAGUUUAUUUGAACGAGACAAGCUUCUUUUCUCAUUGCUUUUGGCAGUGAAUUUGAUGAAAGACGAAGGAAAAUUGCAACAAGAGGAAUGGAUGUUUUUAUUGACUGGAGGUGUUGGUCUUCAUAACCCACAUGAAAAUCCAGCUAAAUGGAUUCCAACCAAAACUUGGAAUGAGAUAUGCAGAUUAUCAGAAUUCGAGGCUUUUAAAGGACUACAUGAAACCAUUGGAAAGCAUCUGAGAAUAUGGGAAGAUUAUUACAACUCAGAUGCGCCUAAUAAAAUGCCAUUACCAAAACCAUGGGAUAAACUUAAUGAUUUCCAUAAAAUGCUGAUUUUACGGUGCUUCCGUUCUGAUAAAUUAGUUCCUGCUAUUAAAGAUUAUGUCAAAUCAAUUAUGGGACAUAAAUUUGUUGAACCGCCACCAUUUGACCUUAAUUCAUCAUAUGAAGACUCUCAUUGCUGUAUUCCAUUAAUAUUCAUCCUAACACCAGGAGCUGAUCCAGUUGCAAGCUUAUUAAAAUUCGCAGAUGAUCAAGGCUAUGGAGCAAAUCGAUUAUGUUCACUCUCUUUAGGCCAAGGUCAAGGACCAAUUGCAACAAAAAAGAUUGAUGAAGGUACAAAGUUUGGAAAUUGGGUUAUUCUUCAAAAUUGUCAUUUGGCAAAGAGUUGGAUGGGAAAUCUUGAGAGAAUUUGUGAAGGACUUUUGCCAGAUACAACACAUCCAGAUUUUCGUUUGUGGUUGACAUCAUAUCCAUCUGAAGAUUUUCCAGUUGUUGUUCUACAAAAUGGUGUUAAAAUGACAAAUGAACCUCCUAAAGGGUUGAAAAACAACAUUUUGCGUUCUUUCCAAAGUGACCCAAUUAAUGAUCCUGAAUGGUUUGAAUCAAAUCAACAAUCGAAAAACUUUAAGAUGCUUUUGUUUUCCUUAUGCUUUUUCCACGGUGUUGUACAAGAACGUCGUCAAUUUGGACCGAUUGGUUGGAAUAUAAGCUAUGAAUUUAAUGAAACAGACUUGAGAAUCAGUGUGAGGCAAUUGAUGAUGUUCCUCAAUGAGUAUGAGGAAGUUGAGUAUACAGCAUUGAAAUAUUUGACGGGCGAAUGUAAUUAUGGUGGUCGAGUCACUGAUGAUUGGGAUAGACGUUGUCUCAAUACCAUAUUAUCAAAAUAUUAUAAUUUGGAAGUUUUGUCUAAUGUUGACUACAAAUUUGACGAUAUUGGAAAAUACACAAUACCAAGAUUGAGUGAAUAUGAAGAGCAUAUCAAAUACAUAAAAAAUCUACCAGCUGAUGCAAAUCCUGGAAUAUUUGGACUCCAUGAUAAUGCAGAUAUAAUUAAGGAUCAACAAGAAACAAAUUCGCUGUUGAUGAAUGUUUUAUUAACACAGACAACAUCCGGCGGUGGAAGUUUUAGUAAAAGUGAGAAGCUCGUUAUAGAAGUCUCAAACGAUAUUUUGGCAAGACUUCCGCAACAGUUUGACAUUGAAGCAACGGGUAUCAAAUAUCCAACAAGCUAUCAUCAAAGCAUGAAUACCGUCUUGGUGCAGGAAAUGGGACGAUUUAAUAUUUUGCUCGAAACCAUAAGAAAUAGUCUCAACGUUGUCAUAAAUGCAAUUAAAGGUCUAAUUUCAAUAACUCCUGGAGUUGAACAAGUUGUAAACUCAAUUGUCAUAGGAAAAAUUCCAGCAAUGUGGUCAGCAAAAUCGUACCCGAGCUUAAAACCAUUAGGAAGUUAUGUUAAUGAUUUUCUUGAGCGAUUGCAAUUCCUUCAAAAAUGGAUGGAUGAUGGACCACCGACAAAUUAUUGGAUUUCUGGUUUUUAUUUUACGCAAGCAUUUUUGACAGGCGCUCAACAGAAUUAUGCACGAAAAUAUUCAAUUCCAAUUGACUUGCUUGUUUUCGAUUAUGAAAUACAAACUGUAGAUGAGCUUGAUUCUGCACCCGAUGAUGGUGUCUAUGUUUACGGUCUAUUUCUUGAUGGUGCCCGUUGGGAUCGUUCUAGUCAUUGCUUGCAAGAGUCUCUUCCAAGAGUGCUUCAUGAUAAAAUGCCUUUGAUAUGGCUUCGUCCAAUGAAAAAAGAUGAAUUGAAGCCAAGACAUGUUUAUACAUGCCCAGUUUAUAAAACAGCUGAACGACGUGGUAUUCUGUCAACGACUGGACAUAGUACAAAUUUUGUCAUUGCAAUGCUUCUUGACUGUUCAGAAGAUAAGAGUCCUGAUCAUUGGAUAAUGAGAGGAUGUGCUUUGCUAUGCCAAUUAAGCCAAUAAAUCUCUUCUUGAUACUUUGUAUGCAUACUUUUUUGUGUGAACUUUUUU